AUGUCUUCGACCGUCCAUCAUACUGUCUUGACGUCUCUAUAUUACAGAACCAACAUAUUUCAUGAACUGCCUUGCAUUUUCUCAGACAUCUCUUUUGUUGUUGGUUGAUGAAACCAUGAUUGAACCCAGCGGCCUGGUCCGGAAAGGAAAAUCUUCCGGGUGAUCCAUCCAUUGCGGUUCGUCGCUUGACACCUACUGUGGAGAGUGACAACAGGCGCUCACGGACUCAUCUUCUGAUGCUUUUUGGAUAUCCUCCCAGAUGAAUGCAUAUAUACAGAUGAUCUACCAACAUUAUGAUCCCAGGCUACCGUGAAUCCGAGCCCAGCCCAACCUUGACCUGAAAUUGGGGCCGCCCCGCGAACUAGUAGCUUCUCAGGUGGGCGCAGCGCCGCAGUGCCCACCGAGACCCUGACCGACUUGCCCGGCUGGACUCCAACUGCGCAAGAGCUCGCCGAACCCAAUCUAUAUUCUUCUAGAUGCUACUACACACUCAAGCAAAAUGCAGAACGCCAGAAAUGGAGCAGCAAUUAAACAGAAGCCGCGCAGAGACGUGCUGGCUUCACUCAGAAUGGCCUCCAUGGAGGAUGUGGUUUCUAGAGCGGCCCUUCCAGCAGAGAUCAUGUCGUCCAUCCUCGACUAUCUCUCCCCAGUGGAUCUGAUCCGAGUCGCUCGAUCGUCGAAACUCCUGCGCGAAAUGGCAUACGAUGAUACCAGAUGGGUGCAGAAGCUGAAACAGAUUGGGUGCUGGGAUGAAUUGGAGGCUCGCAAACAUGUGGAAGACACCUUUGGUACUAUCGCCGACAUGAAAAGUGUUGAGCACAAAGAGGCGGCGGACUUGCAGGAAGCAAUUGAUGCGACUCGGAAACCUGACCCCACGUUGAACUCGCUCGCGGAUGGCUUCGACCAGAUAGAACUGUCUACCCCUGCCGUCACCAAUAUUAGGGAUGAUUCUGAGGAUGACCCGGUCUUGGGCGUGUUGAAACAGGUCAAGUCGAUGCGCGGAGAAGCGCGCCAAGAGUAUGGAAAGAUACAUGCGGCGCUGGCACCAUACUACAACAGUAUUAUUACCUCGGGGGCCUCCUCUGACUGUCUGCUCUUCCGAGACUAUAGCGAUCCGCGACAACAGGCACAAAUACUUUCCCAAUUACAAGCGUUCGCCAACAGUGACACGACAGACGGCUGGCACGAACGAACCCAACAAUUGCAGUCGGCUGUGUCGGUCUUCGAGACAAAUGCGGUUAAAGAGUUUCGACACGGCUACGAGACCGAGGACAUAGAUGGUAGGAUGCGACAGUACGCUCAAGUGCUAUACACGCUGAACGGCGGUAGCGCAGCGGUCGAGCUCUUCAUCCAUCACAACCAUCUGGUGACGCGAAGAGCGGAUUUUGGAAAUGUAGCCGACUGCAUCGAUACUCUUACAGGAAGUGUGAAGCUGGAGCAUACACAAGCUUUUUUCACCCGGAUGAGUGUCGCUUACAAUGAAGAAGUGUCAAUCAUAAACCGUGCCUUUCCCCAGCAGCUUGACGUCGGCACACCAUUCAUCGAAAAGGUUGGACAAGAUGUGCUAUUUCCAUACCUAACAGCCAUAUUUGACGAACUGCAUCGCACGAACAUCGAAUCCUACCUCACCGCAGUAUCAGGAACUUUUGCGCAAUGUCUCAAUCUGUCGGAUACACUGCUACCUAUUCAAAACUCACCUGAUACAUUUGAAGUGUUAUUGCAGCACGUCAUCACAAAAACAUUUGAACCUCAUUUGGAUCUGUACUAUGCGGAGGAAUUAGACCAUUUUCGGAAAAAGUCCGAAGCAGUGGUAGAGGAAUGGGACCGGCAGCUUUCCGAGCAGGCUGCGUCGACCGAGCUGUUUCUCAUGUCCAACGUCAACAGACAGGCGGACAAGAGGGAUUUUCUGACUUCGUUCAAGAAAGUCAUCAUGGCCCCUGUCAACAUCCUCCCCAGCUUCUCAGGAAGCAAGGCAACCGAAUCAAAACCAACGCCGGAACCCUCGCCUGAUGAUGCCUCAUCUUUGAAGAGCCCCAAUCGAUUCUCCACAAUCGGCUCACCCGGCACGCCUCCGGUAAUGGAAGCACCAACCACAGAACUUGCAGCGAAGGCUGCAGUGAUGAAGUCCAAGUUAGAAGGUAUCCGGUCUCUCUUCAGUAUUGAAAUUGCCCUGAGUCUUGUGCAUGCCGCGAAAUCCAGCUUAGAACGAGCUGCGCAAUUUGCCAGUGUAGGCGGUGAAUAUGGGAGCGCAGCCAAACAACAGUGCGAGGCCAUCUUUGUAGCUCUCGUGCGCAUUCUGGGCCACCGCCAUUUAAUCGGAGGGUUCGAUAAGGCUGUCAGUCAUCUAUCAAAUUAUCGACCCCGCGAACAAGGAGAGCGGGACCAAUCUGGGGUCGAGCCGUUGGUGACAUUUCUCGAGUUGGUCAAUGUCGGUGAUCUUAUCUUGCAAAUGAUUGACGUUUUCUACGAGCAAGAACUGGUUGGUGCCAAAUUGACCGACCGGAACGACUUUCUUGAUCCGGCCGUGAAGGAGAAGAAGAAGUUCGAGCAGAAUCUUGACGAGCGAGUUGCUGCCGGACUGAACAAGGGUAUUGAUGUUCUGAUGGAAGAAGUGGAUUAUAUUCUCGCGACGCGACAGCUAGCGACGGAUUUCAAUCCCAGUAUUUCCACGGACCCGUAUCGAAAGACGAUGGAUGUGAGCGUCACUGAGGCGGCGGCUGCCGUGGUUGAUGUGGUUUCUUCACACACCCAAAUGCUCGUCGGCAGUACGGACAAGAGCAUGCUGGAUGUCUUUAACCAAGAAGUCGGACUGCGCCUCUUUGCCGCCUUAUGCAAGCAUCUCAAGCGACAGCGGAUCAGCAUCGAGGGGUCGUUGAAGCUUAUCAGCGACAUGACCCACUAUGCUAAAUUCAUUCAAACUUUCAAGAACAACGAUCUCAUGAUCUACUUCAAGGCCCUCCGAGAGCUGUCGCAGAUAUACCUGAUUGACUCGUCGGAUGCCAAGGAGCUCGCGACCAUCAUCGCUGAUGCGGAUCGGUUCUACGGGAUCUGGCGGGUGGAGGAAGUGUACGAAUUCGCCGAGCGACGAGCAGAUUGGUUGCAGGUCAAACGGGAUGUGGAACGUGCCAUGUACGGCAUUGGAUGCAGUGUUAUGUGAACCAUGAAUAGACCAUGUAUAUAGAGAGCGUUAUGAAACUAUUGUCG